CAUCGUUUUAUUCAUCAAUCAAGUACUUUUCAGGUGGAAGUGGAACUGCAUCCCACAUUUGCGAACCCGUUUCGAGUGCUCAAAGAGCCGCCUUUCGAAUUGGAAGAAACUGGUUAUGCAUCGUUCACCCCAAAACUCAUUAUCUAUUUCAACACUCCUCAUGCUAAGCCGUAUCCGGUGCAGUAUGACAUGAACCUCAAGCUUGAGAAGCAUGCAUUUCAUCAACAAGAAAUGACCUUUGCUAUGUCGGAUGUGACUCCGUCGUUUCUUGACUUGGUACGACGCUUCUGUGGAUCCACUGAUGGAAAAAGGAAGAAGCGCGAUGGCGAGGCGUCAGCAAAUCGCACGAAAAAGCCAAAGCCGGAUGAUGGAAAGAAUCAUAAUGAUUAUAAUAUGAAAGAAGGAAAAGAAAGCGAAAAGAAGAAAGAUCCUGGACGUGAGAGUGAAAAAAGUAAAAAGAAGACCAAGCGCUCGUCUAAGGACUCAAAUGAAGGGACAGAUCGUGAAACGAUUCCUGCUCGCGAUGCUUCGCCAGAAUCUUCACCAAAGGACUCUUCAACUUGCGUCUAA